ACAUGUCUUCACUUCACAGUUCACAAAUUACGACUCUGUCACCAAACAGUGUCUAGUCUAGAGAGAGAGUAGGAGAGAGAGAGAGAAGCUAUGAACAAGAAGGUUCAGAUCCUACUGUUCCUUUUCAUCUUCAACUCCUUCUCUCUCUGUCUUUACUUCAUCCACCACCCUUCUUUUCUCAACCCUACACCAUCACCAAAUUCUCACAUCAAAAUUUUCACUAAAGAUUCACCUUUUCGACGACCCUUUAUAGAGAAACACAAAACCCAUAUCUUAAAACCAUGGCCAAUUCUACCUUCUUACUCACCAUGGUCACAACCUUCAAAUUCAACUCCACUUAGGUCAUGUGAGGGUUAUUUUGGAAAUGGGUUCACGCGAUUGGUUGAGGUGUUUUCGGGCCGCGCCGGAGGAGGAGGGUGGUUUAGGUGUUGGUAUAGUGAAACAUUGAGGAGUUCAAUUUGUGAAGGUGGGAGAGUGAGGAUGGUGGUGGAGAGGAUUGGAAUGGCAAAGGGUGGUGAGAGUUUGGGUGAUGUUAUUGGAAGAAGUGAAGAUGAGGAGUUGCCUUUGUUUGAUGAUGGUGCUUUUGAGGUUGAUGGUGGUUUAGGGUUUAAAGGAGGGAAGAUGGUUGUUGAUGAGGGUUUUUUGGAUAGAUAUGUUCCUAGAGGGGAGAUUAUGAGACAUACUAUGCGUGAUUUGAUUGGUAAGAUGAGGGUUGUUGGAAAGAAAGAAUUUAGCUGUGAUAAGUGGAUUGAGGAACCAACACUUCUGGUGACACGCUUUGAAUAUGCUAAUCUAUUUCACACUGUUACAGACUGGUACAGUGCAUAUGUUUCUUCUAGAGUUACUGGCUUGCCUAAUCGACCUCAUUUGAUCUUUGUAGAUGGACACUGUAAGGCUCCACUUGAAGAGACAUGGAAAGCGCUAUUCUCAAGCGUCAGAUAUGCUAAAAACUUCACCGGAACAGUAUGUUUUCGUCAUGCUAUUCUCUCACCUUUGGGAUAUGAGACUGCUCUCUUUAAAGGGCUAACGGAAGAUAUAUUUUGCGACGGAGCUUCUGCACAAGAAUUGUGGCGAAAACCAGAUAACGAAAAAACUGCACGUAUUUCUGAGUUUGGAGAAAUGAUUAGAGCAUCAUUUGGACUACCUUUAAACUUAAACCAUGUCGGAAAACCCAUCUCUGGAGGACAUAAUGUCCUGUUUGUUCGUCGUGAAGAUUAUUUAGCUCAUCCACGUCACGGUGGUAAAGUUGAAUCAAGGCUAACUAACGAGGCUGAAGUGUUUGAAUCCUUGAAAAGUUGGGCAGCUAAUUAUAAAGGGUGUAAAAUCAACCUCGUCAACGGAUUGUUCGCACACAUGUCUAUGAAGGAACAGGUACGAGCAAUUCAAGAUGCAUCAGUGAUCAUUGGUGCACAUGGUGCUGGUCUUACUCACAUAGUAUCUGCAUUGCCUAAAACUGUGAUUCUAGAGAUUAUUAGCAGCCAGUUCAGGCGUCCACAUUUUGCGUACAUUGCGCGAUGGAAAGGGUUGGAGUAUCAUGCAAUCAACCUUGAUGGGUCGUAUGCCAAUCCUGAAACUGUGAUCAAUGCGCUGGUCAGCAUAAUGAAAAGCCUGCGAUGUUGAGAGUUUUGAAUUUGUGCUUGAAAUUGAUGAUUUUAGAGCUUGAGUAGUUGAAUGGCGUGCGGUGUUUAACCUUUUUAUAACUACAGCCAAAUUGGUUUGGUUACUGAGCUAAUGGAAUUGCUAAUAACUUGUUGGCGAAGAAAUAGCACUAAAUUUAACUUAACAGUUAUAUCAUGUCCAUGUUCAACUGAAGAAUGUUGCAGAUUUCAGUGAAAAGAGGAAAGAGUUUGAAUUGUCUUGUGAUUUAUGUAGCAUAUUGAUGAGGAAACUGAGGUGUUGAUUGUGUUGAUGAGGUAACUGAGGUGCAGAUAUUUUGUUACCUUCAUUUGAUCCUUGACCCUAUGUUGUAUGCAGAUGAGGGGUCCCAACAUUUUUGUUUUGUAAAUUGAUUGAUCAACACAUAGGACUAUGUUGUACAAUAGGUGAUUCCUUACCUCUAUUAUUCUAUUGGAAUGAUUUUGAUACAGAUAUUAUGUUAUUGAGAAUUGAGGUAAUACAAUAGGUCAUUCCUUGAAGACGAUGAGAUUGGAUGAAGAUGAAAGAAGAUGGAUAAUGAUGAAGAUGAUGAUGAUGCAAUGAAGAUGGGUGAGUCGUUUCAUGACAUGACAUGACAUAUUUUUCAAUCUGUUAGUGUGAAUCCUUUUGUGCGAAAAAACUACGAACGUGUUUAAUUGUAGUCAAAAUUAUUUUUUAAUAAAAACUAAUAAUAUAGUUGUCCUA